AUGGCGUCCAUACAAAUCCAUCCCUCCUUGACGCGUUCAAACGUCGAGGCUGCUCAUGCUCUUAUCAAACCCCACAUCCACGAUACCCCCGUGCUCACCAACACCACGUUGAGCAAUCUUGCCUCGACACCCCAGACAGCCGAAGCACUGAAAGGAACCCAAUGGGAAGGCCAAAAACCCGCCCAUCCAAAAAUCAACCUCUUCUUCAAAUGCGAAAACUUCCAACGCAUCGGCGCAUUCAAAGUCCGCGGCGCCUUCCACGCCGUCACGCGCCUAAUUGAGAAGGAAGGCAUAGACGAAGUACGCAAAAAAGGCGUAGUAACACACAGCAGCGGAAACCAUGCACAAGCCCUCGCCCUCGCCGCCCGCACCUUCUCCAUCCCCGCCCACAUCGUCAUGCCAACGAUCUCGACCCCCUCGAAAAUCGCAGGCACAAAAGCCCAAAACGCAACCGUCCACUUCUCAGGCUCCACCAGCACCGAGCGCGAAGCCGUCGUCGCAACUGUAGUCAAAGAUACAGGCGCCACUCUCAUCCCGCCGUAUGACGACCCGAACAUCAUCCUCGGGCAAGGCACGCUGGCCCUCGAACUCGAGGAGCAAGCCACCAAGUUGCUCGCUCAGGCUGCGACCGGAAACAGAAAACUAGAUGCGGUCAUCGCACCCUGUGGCGGCGGCGGCAUGCUCAGCGGUAUCGCGACUGCACUCCAUGGCACGGGCAUCCGCGUGUUCGGCGCGGAACCGAGUUUCCAGGGCGGCGACGAUGCGCGCAGGGGUGUUGCAGCGGGCGAGCGCGUUACGUCUGUCAAGACGCUUACGAUUGCGGAUGGGUUGCGUACGCCGCUGGGCGAGCACAACUGGAGUGUGAUUUCGAAGCAAGAGUAUGUGGCGGGGUUGUUUGCGGUGACAGAGGAUCAGAUUAAGAAGGCGAUGCGGUUGGUGUUGGAGCGCAUGAAGUGUUUUGUGGAGCCCUCUGCGGUUGUGGGACUUGCGGUUGUGCUGUUUAAUGAGGAUUUUAGGAGGUUGGUGGCGAGGGAGGCAGGGCAGGAGGGGUGGAAUGUUGGUAUUGUUUUUAGUGGGGGGAAUACGACAGUAGAGGCUAUUAGCAAGAUAUUUGCUGAGGUGCCGGAGGUAGCGAAGGAGAGGCAGGAGGGGGUAUUAGGGAUCGAUGGGAAGAGGGAAGUUGAGAAUGUGGCGGGAUGA